AUGACAAUCUACUACAACGCGUUUAAUUACUUCUUCAAAUACAACCUACCGAAACUGUACAAACAUUUUACCGAUCAAAAACUAACCGCAGAUCUGUAUAUUAUCGAUUGGAUAUUUUCUAUCUACUCAAGAUGUUUAAAUCUGGAUUUAGCUUCGAGAGUUUGGGACGUGUUUUUCCGGGAUGGAGAACAAUUUCUGUUCAGAACCGCCCUUGGGAUUUUAAAACUAUUCCAAUCCGAGCUACUUGACAUGGACUUCAUUGCAAUGGCCCAGUUUCUAUCCAGGCCCCCGGAAGCAAAAGUAGGUCAGGUCGAGUUAUUUAGGUCAAUAGAGGGCAUUGCAGUGGAGACCAGGAACCACAGUUUUAAACAGAUU